AUUGAGCAGUUCGGAAUCGUACUUCUGCUGGCGCUGAUUCGUCGUGAAUCCUCCAAUUGGUACCACGGGGUACCAACUUGUAGUAUAUCAGAAAGUUCUCAUCGAACCUUAACACCCCCUCAAGGAACCUCACCUCAAAUCGAUUCCAAAUGUCAACGGCUGACGGUGGAGACGAGGACGGAAUCGGAAACCUAGGUGGAGCCGCUAAUGAAUUCCAUGUCGAAACCAUUCGCUACUUGUGGCGUUCUAGUUAAUGUCGCUAAACAUUAUUGGCGGAAUUCGUGGGAGAAACGGCCAACAACAGCGGUUGUUCCGGCCAACGGUGAUAAUGGAACCACCAAAGUGACUUACCCGCCCCCGGAAGCUUUUGAAAUCCCUCUGGAGGACGAAAACGCGGAUAGCCUGAUCAAAAAACAUCCCCCCAAACGAUUGGAACGCUUAGAAGCUCAACCCACAACGCCUCCAAGUAUCGAGGACCUAGAAGAGAAACUAGCAACGGCCGAGAUUCGGCGACAACAGUUUCUAGCAAGUCGGGCCCAAAAGACAGUUACCCAGGAAAAAUCCGACAACGAUGAGGAUGAGGAAAAAGUUGAUGAAGAUAAGAUUACUGAAGAAACCGAAGGAGAUGAGUCGAAGGAGGGUGAACAACAGGAAACGGAAAAGGAGAAAGAUUGAACUCGAUCUCUCUUCGUGGUGAAUGUGAUCAACUUUUUUGUGAAUAAAUUAUCCAAACAACAGCUUUUAUUAAACAUACAUUUAUUAAUCUUUCCACUUGUCAUUAUAUACUUUUUAAUUUUUGUUUAUAUAUAGAUCAUUUGAACCUAGUUGUUUUCACAUUGUCAAUAAUAAUAAUCAAUAAUCAAUUAUAAUUAUUUAUAUUUUUUGUGGCAUACCCGUAUAAUAUACUCUUAUAAAAUAAACAUUUUUUCAAGAUUU